AUGUCUUCCAUGGCUUCGGGUACUGCCAUCUGCCUCAUUUUGAGCUGUGCACUCGUGGGAGGCUAUGCUAGCAUGUUUAUGUCCUACCAUCACGGCUUCUUCGACGCACUGCGCGUGUGCACCUCUGACAUUUCUGGUUUAUCUCCAGAGCCAUGCGUGCUGGAUAUGUCUGGCUCUCCACCAUCAGUUCGGAAAGGCUUUACGGGCAUAGCGUCUGUGGAUUCCUUGAUCAAUCUACUCCUCGAAUUUUUCGCCCAGGGAUUGAGAAGCCAUCCCGACGCUACCGGGCUCAAUCUCGAGGCUCUGCUCGCUUUUGGGUACCUGGCUACCCAGUUUGGUGGUGCUUGGUACUUGAUAUCGCUCGAGGGCCUGCGAAUAGGAAACCAAGGCACGAUACUGAGUUGGACCGGAACGUUCGGCAUCAUAUUCCAAGCUGUCACGAUAACCAUAAUCGCCCCGGUCUACUUAACACUUCAACUACUGCUCUCACCAUCAAUGCCACAUGCGAGUUCCGUUCUUGCCGACCCGUGUGAACUGGCCGUUCUACCAGCAUCCGCAGUGCUGUCCUAUAUUUUGCCGACAAUCGGUCUCUGCCUUCCGCUGCUGAACGUCCUCUCACGAGAAGGAGAAUACCUUGCAAUCGCUUUAUGGCAACCUUUCCCGCUUUAUCAAUCCACAAUCCAAUCCGUUGCGCGUCUCGUCUGUAGAGGCAGACGCGGCAGUGCCAACAACACAGCCCACAUCAAUGCGCGUGAGUGCAAAAAGGCACUGGGCCGGGCAUACAAGUUCAUCAUUUACUUGACGCUCGGCGUGCACUUGACUGUGAUCGGGAUUAUUGUCACGUCGACUGUCACUGACUUGUUUCCCGACAUCUCAGCAAGUCAGAUUCUGGCACUGACUUCUUUAACCGACCCUCCUACUGUGGCUCUCUUUGACCCGCCUGUGUCUGCCACAAGCUCAAGGGAGAUAGUCGUAUCUUUCUUACGCUGGGACGUCUACUGCACGUGUGUUUCGAUGUUGAUCUGGGCAGCCUACCAACUGCAUGCUGUCCAGAGGCCAUCAAGCGUAAUAGCCACAUCGCUCAAGGCUGUGCUGUGGACCCUGGUGGGUGGUCCAAUUUUUCCGGCGCUGGUGUUCCUCUGGGAGAGAGAUAAAAUUGUCCUUGACAGGCUGGAGCUGUAUAACUUGUAUGAAAAGGAAGAAUGA